AUGGAAGUUUUUAGUACUAAACCAGAUAGAUUAGAGUCAUCCAGAGAAUAUCUGGAUAGGCUGAAGGCGUGCGGAUCUGGCCUUAAUUCAGAAUUGUUAGCGAUUGAUAGAAGAAAACACGACAGACUUAGGAGAUUGUUGUCAAAUGUAUCAUUGGAGAUUAAUAAUAAAAAGUCCUUCAUUGAAAAAGAUACAUGGAGAAAAGAUGACAAAUAUGGUUCAAAAUGCUAUACGACAUGGAAUAAAAACAAGCAUAAUGGUAGGACCUACAACAACAGCAGCAACAACAACAACAACAACAACAGCCGCAACAACAACAACAACAGCAAUUACAACAAUUUCAAAAAGACGGAGAUGAUACAAACCCCUUAUAAUUUAAGGCUAAGAAAUAAAAUUAAUUUUAAUGAUAUUAUGAUUGAUCUUCAAAUAAAACUGGAACCAUACAUCAAAUGGGGUAAAUUAAAAACAAUGACAGAUGCCUUUGCAAUCAAUGCAAACAUUAAAACAAUAGAUUCCUCACAAUUCAGUGAAAAAAUGUGGACAGACCUUUCAUCCAGAUUAAUAGACACUGCCAAAUCGACAUUGGGCUUGACAGGGAAGGCAACAAAUCCUACAAAGAACUAUAGUGGUGGAAUCAAGAUGUGCAAACCACUAUAA